AAGUGGCCUCAACGCGUAAUGCUGCCGUGUAGCUUAGUAGUUGUUGCUGUCAUAAUCUCAUGCAACUUAUCGGUUGCAGUGGAUGACACUAGGUACAGCGAAAGCAACUGCAAGCAGCGGCUGGUCAAGUAUCGCGAGUGCUGCAGCAUGCCCCGGCUGCUGCCGGAGCAAGUGAUCGAGAGCUGCCGAGCGCGACCGCUGCCAACCGCAAUUCCGGGCGUACCCGACCCACUGCCGGAAAAUUGUAUAGCCGAGUGUGCACUGAACGACACGGGCAUCCUAUUUAACGGGCAGUUUCGUGUGGAGCAGGCGGUGAAGGCACUGUCCACCCAGGUGCCGAACGAUACGCUCACCUGGCAGCACGUCAUCGAGGUGGCCUCGAAGAAGUGCUACGUUAUAACAGUGGGCGACACGUUCUAUCUGCGCGAUGUGGCGAAAAAUUUAAUAUCACCCCAAUGCAUUCCGUCCUCCUUCCGGUUUCUUCAGUGUACUUUCUCGAUCGUGUACAGGGACUGUCCGGACAUCUACUGGAACUACCAGAACGACCAGUGUGGCCAGUUUGUGGUAGCGCUGAACAACUGCCACUACCUGUUCCGUCACAUAUGGGACAUCUGACGGGAGAGAAUUGAAUAAUUUGCGCAGCGAAAAAGAAAUAAAAUGUAAAGCCAACUGCAUUCCCCAAUAAAGCAAAACAAA